AUGGAUUCGGUGCAACACAAUGGUUCUUGCUUGAAUUCAACGUUCGACUUCCGCGUAUCUGACAUUCAAGAAGAUUUGUACAAAUUUCAUCAAGGUACUCUUGAUGUAUCAAAAUACUUUACUCAUUUGAAAGUUCUGUGGGAUGAAUUGGAAAAUCAUCGUCCAAUUCCAUCUUGUUCGUGUGCAAUCCCUCGUUCUUGUAGUGUUAUCGCCUCUGUUCGUCGUUAUAGAGAACAAGAUUAUGUGAUACGCUUUCUUAAGGGUUUAAAUGAGAAAUUCACACACUCCAAGUCCCAGAUUACGAUGAGGAAUUUGUUGCUUGACAUUGAUAAAGCUUUCUCUUUAGUUAUUCAGCAAGAAAGAGAGGUGAAUAACGUUGUUUCUACCAUCAUACCUAGUAUUGGAAACAAUGAAGAAAGCAUAGCUUUGAAUGCUCAAGCUUCUCAUGAUGCUCAACAUGGCAAACCUAAUUCGUACAGAGGAAAAUAUCAGGGAGCUAAUGGUCCUAGAGGUCAAAACAGAGUUUCCACUCAUUGCGGAAGAACCAACAAUACCAUUGAUACUUGUUUCAUCAAACAUGGAUUUCCACCAGGUUUCAAGAACAAGAGCAAAUGCAAUGGUUCAGGUUCUCAUAAUGAUGCUACUAUCAAUAGUGCCUCAAAAGUUUAUGCACUAGGAUCCACUACAUCUUCUUAUGGUUUCACGCAAGAGAAAUACAACAACAUUCUUGCACUGGUCCAACAAUCCAAGCUUCCCCCCACAGCCAAUUCGAUUUCAACACCUCUCCUCUCGUCAUGA